GAGGCACAAUUUAUAAUGGACGAUAUCAUGCUCUACGAGGACACAGCAGAGUCUCCAGGACACAGCUGUCUCUCUGUGAAGUCUAACCAGUCCAAACUGUUACCUCCGGACUUCAGUAAUGAACCUGGCGCCUCAGACACAAAACGUCAGAACCAGAGACGGAGACCAGAGUCUCCGGGACCCAGCGGUCUGUCUCUGAAGAGUGACUGGUCCAAAGAUCAACCCCCAACCUUCAGUCAUGAACCUGGAGCCUCAAACACAAAAAACCAGUUUGCUGUUUCUGUGGACGAGCAGACGUCCCGCUGUCCUCUGUGUCAGGACGUCCUGAAGGAUCCACUCUCCACCAGCUGCGGUCACUGGUUCUGCAGACGCUGCAUCUCCUCAUACUGGGACCAGUCUGGUUCACCAGGAGACUCCUGCUGUCCCCAGUGUGGACAGGGACCCAGACCAAUACCAGGACCACAGACACAGAGUAAGACAGAACAUGUAUUCUUUGUCUCUUGUCUUUCAGCAGAUGUUGGUCUGCAGAAGGUUCUAGAUGAACAUAAGAUCAGUCUGAGGAGCAAAUUUGAACAUGUGACUGAAGGAACUGAAGGAACAGGAAGUAAAACCCUCCUGAACAGGAUCUUCACUGAGCUCUACAUCACAGAGGGACAGAGUGAAGAGGUCAAUACUCAACAUGAGGUGAUGCAGCUGGAGACGACCUCCAAGAAGAAGAUGGUCCAGGACACUCCCAUCAAGUGCUGUGACAUCUUUGAAGCCUUACCUGACCAGCAGGGGCGCAUCAGAGUCGUCCUGACCAACGGCGUCGCUGGUGUUGGAAAAACCUUCUCGGUGCAGAAGUUCACUCUGGACUGGGCCAAGGGUUUGGAAAACCAGGAUGUGAAUCUGCUGAUUGUGCUCUCGUUCAGAGAGCUGAACCUGAUCAGAGAUCAGCAGCACAGUCUUCUCUCGCUGCUCCAUAUUUUCUAUCCAACAUUAGAGAAGGUCAGAGCAGAGGAGCUCGCUGUCUGUAAACCUUUGUUCAUCUUUGAUGGUCUGGAUGAAAGCAGACUCUCACUGGACUUCAGCAGCAGGACGCUGGUUUCUGACGUCACACACAGGUCAUCAGUCAACGUGCUGCUGACCAACCUCAUCCAGGGGAAUCUGCUUUCCUCGGCUCUCAUCUGGAUAACUUCUCGACCUGCAGCGGCCAAUCAGAUCCCUCCUACCUGUGUUGACAGGGUAACAGAAGUACGAGGCUUCACUGACGACCAGAAGGACGAGUACUUCAGGAAGAGAUCCAGAACUGAAGAUCUAUCCAGCAGAAUCAUCUCACACAUCAAGAUGUCCAGGAGCCUCCACAUCAUGUGUCAAAUCCCAGUCUUCUGCUGGAUCAGUGCUACAGUUUUGGAUUACAUGUUGACCACAGAGCAGAGAGGAGAGCUGCCCAAGACCCUGACUGACCUGUACUCACACUUCCUGCUGGUUCAAACAAAGAGGAAGAAGAACAAGUACAAUAAAGGACGUGAGAUGAGUCUACGGGAGCUGAUGAACUCCAACAGGGACGUUCUUCUGAAGCUGGGGAGGUUGGCCUUUGAGCAUCUGCAGAAAGGAGACAUCAUGUUCUACCAAGAAGAUCUGGAGCGGUGUGGUCUUAGUGUGACAGAGGCCUCGGUGUACUCAGGAGUUUGUACAGAGAUCUUCAGAAGAGAGAGUGUGAUCUUCCAGAAAUCAGUCUUCUGCUUUGUUCAUCUCAGCGUUCAGGAGUUUCUGGCUGCAGUCUACAUGUUCCACUGUUUCACCAACAGGAAGACAAAGUUCCUGAAUACCAUCCUGAGAAAACCUCAUUUUUUUUACAACCGCUCCUCAUUUUUUGGAACCGUUGCUAUGAGUGACUUAUCUCUGGACGUGUUCCUGAAAGGAGCCAUGAAGAAAUCCCUUCAAAGUGAAAAUGGUCACCUGGAUCUGUUUGUUCGCUUCCUUCAUGGACUCUGUCUGGAGUCCAAUCACAGACUGUUAGGAGGUCUGCUGGGUCAGACUCAGAACAGUCCAGAAAUCAUCCACAGAGUCAUCAAGAAUCUGAAGAAGAUGAACACAAAGAACAUCUCACCUGACAGAAGCAUCAACAUCUUCCACUGUCUGACAGAGAUGAACGACCAAUCAGUGCAUCAGGAGAUCCAAGAGUUCAUGAAGUCAAAGAACAGAGAACAGAAACUCUCUGAGAUCCACUGCUCAGCUCUGGCCUACAUGCUGCAGAUGUCUGAGGAGGUUCUGGAUGAGUUGGACCUGAGCAAGUACAGAACAUCAGUCCAGGGGAAACAGAAACUGAUUCCAGCUGUGAGGAACUGCAGGAAGGCUCGGUUGAGGGGCUGCAGUUUGACAAUGAUCAGCUGUUCUUCUCUGGCCUCAGUUCUGAAGUCCAACCCCUCACACCUGAGAGAACUGAACCUGAGUGAGAACAAGUUGCCGGAUUCGGGAGUGAAGCUGCUGUGUUCUGGACUGGAGAGUCCACAUUGUAGACUGAAGACUCUGAGGUUGAGUGGCUGCAGUUUGACAGAGAUCAGCUGUUCUUCUCUGGUCUCAGUUCUGAAGUCCAACUCCUCACACCUGAGAGACCUGAACCUGAGUGAGAACAAGCUGCAGGAUUCAGGAGUGAAGCUGCUGUGUUCUGGACUGGAGAGUCCACAUUGUAGACUGGAGACUCUGUGGGGCUGCAGUUUGACAGAGAUCAGCUGUUCUUCUCUGGUCUCAGCUCUGAAGUCCAACUCCUCACACCUGAGAGACCUGGACCUGAGUAAGAACGAGCUGCAGGAUUCAGGAGUGAAGCUGCUGUGUUCUGGACUGGAGAGUCCACAUUGUAGACUGGAGACUCUGUGGUUGAGGGGCUGCAGUUUGACAGAGAUCAGCUGUUCUUCUCUGGUCUCAGCUCUGAAGUCCAACCCCUCACACCUGAGAGACCUGGACCUGAGACAGAACCAGCUGCAGGAUUCAGGAGUGAAGCCUCUGUGUGAUCUUCAGAAGAGUCCAGACUACAGACUGGAGACUCUGGAGUGGCGGUCAUGAACGUGAUGAGAGUGUGUGUGUGUGUGUGUGUGUGUGUGUGUGUGUGUGUGUGAGGCCUACACUGUGACGCUGCUUCAACAGAUCUGAGACAGAACUCCAACGAUGAUGGUGAGAUGUUUCUGUCCUAACGUCCUGAACCUGUGAGGAGCUGUUUCAACAUUUAAUCCAAGGGGAUUCAUCUACAGUGUUAAUAAUAUCCAUAAUCUCUACUACAUUAUGUAUAAUUACAUAUCUGCAAUUGAACCCUGACCCUUUUCAUUUCCAUCAGGUAAAUGUAUCUAUGUUGUCUACUGAUUUUAAAAAACGCUUUAUAAAUAUUUGACUGAAUAAUUUCAUCAUUCAGCGUCUUUUCGGGAUAUAAAAUUAAUUUAGCAAAAUCUGAGGCUAUGCCCCUGGGGUCGUUAACGUCUUUUCCAGAUAUGGCUGAACCCUUCCCAUUCCGCUGGUCUCCCACCGGUUUCAUUUACUUAGGAGUGCAUGUUACACCCAAUUUUGGUCAAAUGUUUAAGUCCAAUCCCCCCCCUCGUGGAUGCUAUAAGGGCAGACUUAGACCGCUGGGCCCCUCUCCCUCUUUCCUGGCUAGGUAGGGUUGCUCUUAUAAAAAUGAACGUCCUGCCUAGACUGCUAUACCCACAGCAGAUGAUCCCUAUUCUAUUAUCCAGCAAGGUUUUAAAGCUCUUUCAUUUGGAACAAAAGGAAACCCCGUCUUAAGAUGACAAAACUUCAAAUGGCAGGUUGUGACGAAGGGUUAGAUCUACCAAAUCUCAGAUUUUACCAACUGGCGUCACACCUGUGGGUGAUUGCAAGCUGGCACAACUGUGAUCCAGCCUCAAUUUGGCAUGAUAUUGAAUCCUCUCAGUCAAAGUGUCCUUUGUUGAAUUUAUUGUUCAACAAGGGACACUUUAGAGAUCCUGGAGAUCCAUGCGCUCUCCAGAAGGCCGGGCUCAGUUAUCAUCUCCUCUCACUCCCAUUCUUGAUAACCCGGACUUCCUGCCAGGCUGUAGGAAUCAGGGCUUUAUGGUGUGGAGCACCCAAGGGCUGAAGACAAUAGGUGAUCUAUUCAAUGGCCAGAUUUUACUAUCAUUUCAGCAGUUGCAACAGCAGUUUGUUUUAUUUAAGGUGACUUCUAAAGAUAUUUACAAAUGAGAGACUUCAUAGUUGAAGACACCACCUUAAUGACUAAUUGUAGUGAAUGGACGUACAUAAUUCACCCUUGCACUUUGUGUUUCUAUACACUUAUGUCAUGAGAUUAUUUCCUAUUGUGUUGCUUGUAGGAAGGACUGUUCCGGGAUCAUGGUCGCUUUAAGUAACCAUGUUUGUGAUGACGUAGAGCCCUGUGCUGGUUGGUUGGUUACUGUGCGUCCUCAUCUUGUGUGGACUUCGGUUCUGCUGUUUUCAAUAAACUGAGCUGAGAAAUAGUUUUUACCUGUUCAUUGCAAUUUCCACAUAAUAACACCACAUCAUGGGUGGAGAAGGCCCUGUCUUGAUGGAUUAAUAAGAAAUGCAUGACUGUUUUUUUACAAAGCUCUGAAUUCUGUUUCUCCUCUUACCUCACAAACCACCAAGCAAGCUUCGGAGAGAGACCUAGGGGUUGUUACUGUGUAUAUGAUGAUGACUGGCAGGAGGUCUGGUCUCAGGCCAUGAACAUUUCUGAACAAAAUGGAUGCUAAUGUUUCCCCGCUUUGCUGGAAAUGCAAUUCUGAGACUGGUAAUUAUAUUCACUGCCUCUGGUCAUGUGUGGAACGACAAAAGUACUGGUCUAGUAUUGUGAAUGAUCUGACUGCUAUCUUUGGUGUCCCAAUACAGAUGGACCCUAUGUGCCUGAUACUUGGUCUCCCGGAUGGUCGAAUCACUGACAGUAAACACAGGAGACUUUUUAAUAUACUGACUUUUGCUGCUAGAAAGAACAUCCUACUUUUCUGGAUCAAGAAUGUUGCGCUGACAAAAAAAUCAUGGCACAAUAUUGUUAUGGACUGCGUUCACAGUGAAUACAUCACGUGUAUGAUUCACUCUAAGACAGAUGCUUUCUAUAAGGUAUGGGACCCUUACUUGCAGCAUAUUGAGCCCAGGCUGUCAUCUUCCUUGCUUCGUGGAUUUCCCAGGUCAGCCUCGCCAGUCUUGGUGACUUUGUUCUUGGUCUUCACUGUCUAACAAGCACCUUGUAGCCUUGCUGUGUGUAUGUUUGGUAUGAUUCAGGAGACUAAUUUACUUUUCAUAAUAUUUCCAUUUACUGUACCCACAUGCCCUUUUUCUGUUGUCUUUUAUUCUGUUUUUCUGUUUUAUGUUAAGAGGAAGAAAGUGUAAUAAAAGUAUUUUUCAAAAAUGAGAGGUAAUAAGAAAAUAAUGCCAGGUUCACAGUGUGUGGAGCUAAAGAGAGUUUUUUUUUUAAAUCAGUGGAAUGUUCCUUUGUUUACUUCAAACCUUACUUUUCUAUUUCUUCAAAACAGAGCAACACGUUGGAUAAAGUUGAUGAGAUGAAAGUG